AUGGCAUCAGACAAGAAGAUUAGGAUUGGUAUCAACGGAUUCGGAAGGAUUGGUCGUUUGGUGGCCAGGGUUGCCCUUCAAAGGAACGAUGUUGAACUCGUUGCUAUCAACGAUCCUUUCAUCAACACUGAUUACAUGACAUAUAUGUUCAAGUAUGACACCGUUCAUGGCCAGUGGAAGCAUUUUGAUGUCAAGGUGAAGGACUCUAACACCCUUCUCUUUGGUCAGAAGCCUGUGACAGUUUUUGGUAUCAGGAACCCCGAGGAUAUUCCAUGGGGUGAGGCUGGUGCUGAUUAUAUUGUUGAGUCAACUGGUGUAUUCACUGACGAGCAGAAAGCUGCUGCUCACUUGAAGGGUGGUGCCAAAAAGGUUGUAAUUUCUGCUCCAAGCAAAGAUGCACCCAUGUUUGUUGUUGGUGUUAACGAGAAAGAAUACAAAGGGCAGACCAUUGUUUCCAAUGCUAGCUGCACUACCAAUUGCCUUGCUCCCCUCGCCAAGGUUAUCAAUGACCGAUUUGGAAUUGUUGAGGGUCUCAUGACCACUGUUCACGCCAUCACAGCUACUCAGAAGACUGUUGAUGGUCCAUCAAACAAGGAUUGGAGGGGUGGAAGAGCUGCUUCCUUCAAUAUUAUUCCCAGCAGCACUGGAGCUGCCAAGGCUGUAGGAAAAGUUCUUCCAGCACUGAAUGGCAAAUUGACUGGAAUGUCCUUCAGAGUUCCCACUGCUGAUGUUUCAGUUGUUGAUCUCACUGUUAGACUAGAAAAGCCAGCAACCUACGAGCAAAUCAAGGCUGCUAUCAAGGAGGAAUCAGAGGGCAACUUGAAGGGUAUUUUGGGUUACACUGAAGAUGAUGUUGUGUCUACUGAUUUUGUUGGUGAUAGCAGGUCUAGCAUAUUUGACGCCAAGGCCGGAAUUUCUUUGAAUGAGAACUUUGCAAAGCUUGUUUCGUGGUACGACAACGAAUGGGGUUACAGUACCCGUGUGGUCGAUUUGAUUGUCCACAUUGCAGCUUAA